UACCCGACCCUGACGAGCUCACGCGUUCCUCCAGUGACCUCAGACAGUCGUAACGGAGUUAGAUGCUGGUUAGCAUUAGCUUUUUUUGGAAGAAGUUUGAGUUAUCGUUCAUUAAAAACACACAUACUUUGCUGAACUUACUGUGCUGUCUAGUCAUUGGGUUGUCGUGCACACGGUGGAAACCAGAAGACAUCGUUGGAGCGGGAAAGAGGCGAAGCAAUGGCUGGAAUCGAGGAGCUUUCCCCCGCUGCGGGCCCGGUGUCUACCCGGCCACCUGAGGACGAAAUUGACGACGACGAUGAUGAUCUUGAUGAGACCCUGGUGGAGAGGUUGUGGGGUCUGACAGAGAUGUUUCCGGACACAGUUCGUACAGCCGCUGAGCUUUCUGCACAGUGCUCUGUCUCACUGGUCAAGAAGUUUUACAGUUUCUCCCGCUCAGCCUUAUGGGUGGGAACCACUUCAUUCAUGAUCCUGGUGUUGCCUGUGGUGUUUGAGACAGAGCGACUACAGCUGGAGCAGCAGCAGUUACAACAGCAGAGACAGAUCCUCUUGGGACCCAACACUGGAAUGUCUGGUGGGAUGCCCGGCAUGAUGCCACCUGCCCCUGGCAAAAUGUGAAAAGCAGGAGAGACCCACAUCAACCUGAGAUCUGCUGCUACGGUAACGCGGGGUCGGACCGCGAGAGGAGAUGGAGAGACUGUGGAGGAAUGCAAAAGAACUACUGUAACAACACAGAAAAGAGGCCAAAGCACCACAUUUGUCAUGCAACCUUUAGGUCACUCCAUCGCUCUAGGUUCUGCGAAUUGAAUGCUAAGAUAAUAAUUAAUUCUGACUGUCACUCUUUACUCCGCCAUGCAGAGACUGAUUUUUAGGAGCACUGGUUCCAUCUUUAAGGAUAUCCGAGCUAUUGUGUUGUAAAGGAAGGCAGGAAAAGGUGAAUACAUUCAAUGGGGGGGGGGAAAAAAGAUUGUCUGAAAUGUAUUAAAAUUCUUUGAAUCAUUCCUGCACUUGUGAGUGUAGGAUAUGUUAGAAGUUGUGGCUAAGUCGUGAUAAGUGGAGUUAUUAUAGUCAACUUUCAUGUACAGGGCACAAAUAAACAUGUCUCUGAAGCUUCUGCA